CCAGACUUUCACGACGUACAUUUCUUCACCAUUGAUUUGGACAUCUUUCGACGGAUUUUGGAUUGCAGAUAUGGCUUCAAGUAAUCUUGAAAUUUUAAAUGAGCCGGGAAGUUCGGUAGAAGAGGAGAAUCUCAUAUUACCAACCUUCCCUCUGCUGACGAAAUCUCACAUCAUAAACUGCUCCUACCAUUCAUGGCAUCCUAAAUACCGCUCCGUCACCCCAAAAGCCCGUCUCAUCCCGCUCCCCCCCGCCUUCCUCUCCUACCUCCGCGCUGAUGGCAUCAUCCUCCCCUCCGAGGACACCCCCCGCCACGAGUGGUCCGACGACGACAGCGGAAUCUUCUCCUCCGCCGAGCAAGGCGGUUCCUCGUCCGACGAUGACGAUGAGGACGACGACCCGUCCACCGCGUGGCGCGAGGUGCACCUGGCGAUUAGAGCCACCAUCGCCGAGCUGGGCGGCAAGGUGCACCCGAAGCUGAACUGGAGCGCGCCGAAGGAUGCGACGUGGAUCUCGGCGACGAAUAGCAUGGAGUGUCGGACGCCCAAUGAUGUGUAUUUGUUGCUGAAGAGCUCGGAUUUCGUGACGCACGAUUUGGAGCAUGUGUUUGAUGACUGUGAGGAGACGGAUCGGGAGGAAGAAGCAGACGGUCCGGCUGAGACAUCAGAAGCCCAAGCAACCGGCGAUGAAGAGGCGAGAAAACCGGACAGCAUCCCUGAAAUCCCCUACCAUCUCGUCCUCCGCAAAUCCGUCAACUUCAACCCGUCCCUCGAAUUCCGUUGCUUCGUCCGCAACCGCCGCCUCCUCAGCAUCUCUCAGCGCGACCUCAAUCACUUCGACUUCCUCUUCCCCCUCCGCCCGCAGCUGAUCGCCACCAUCCUCGAGUUCUUCACGCGCACGCUCCAGCACGCCUUCCCCGAUCCGGACUACGCCUUCGACGUGUACAUCCCGCCGGCCCACGAGCGCGUCUGGUUGAUCGACGUCAACCCGUGGGCGCCGCGGACGGAUCCGCUGCUGUUUAGUUGGGAGGAGCUGUUGACGGAGGAGCAUGCAGAGGUGGCGGAGAUGCCGAAGAGGCCGUCUCCGCCUGACUCAGAUGCGAAGGAUGAUGAGGAGAAGCUCACGCCCUUGGAAAUUGUCCGACUGCACCUCUCCUCCACCCCACCACGUCCCGAAGCUACCAACGGCGCCGUGACUGACACUGCCGAACCCGCCGAUUCCGAGUUCCUCAAUCCCGACGCGCUGCUUCCUCAUCUCCCCGAACUCCGUCUCGUCCACCGUGAUGACCCGGAGGCGUACAACUUCAGUUCGCAGCAGUACAGCGCUCAUAAACUGCCCCGGGACGUCGUGGACGCCAGCCGCGGGGGGGGUGACGCGCUCAAGGAGUUUGCGGAGCGGUGGAAGGAGAUUGUGGGGGAGGAGGAGAGGCAGAGGAAGGAGGACGAGGAGAAUGAGGGAUGA